CACGCCGACUUGAAGAAGAGGAGGAGGUGCUGACCUACAAGGUGGAGGAGUCAGAAUCAUCAUCAGAAGCAGAACCAUCAUCAGAAUCAGAAUCAUCAUCAGAAUCAGAAUCCAAGUCCAGAAGUGAGGGGAACACAUGUUGUCAUGUUGACAAAAGCGAGGGACGGGGAUUCGAAGGGCCGUCGGCGGUGGCCAGCGAUGUUUUGGAUGUGGCUUCCAGUGUGGUUGCUCUUGCUGCCUGGCCAGGUGUUGCUCGGCGAUGCCGCCUCCGUCACCUGGGGACAUGUCAACAAAUACGCCAGCGUCCUCCACACCGAAGAUGUUUACCUAGCGUCGGAUUCCCCAAGCCAAGAUAUCAUCUACGGCUCGCAGAAUGCCAGCGAUAACUACCGAAUUACGGGUAUUCAUGUCGAGGAUCUGAGCGGUGGAGCGGAGGCUUUACUCACAGCAGGCGGCAUUGGCCAGGAGUUUGUGGUUCUUCAUAGCCAGAGAAUUCAAGAAUCCAAAGAGGAAAAACCAGAACCAGCUCAUCUCGAGGUAUCUAUCUAUGGAGUGGACCUAUAAGUUGUCAAUGCUUUCUUAUAAGAGGGAGCACUCCAGACAUUGUAAAUAUUAAUUAGUAUAGAACCUGCCAAUAACUUUCAGCUGUGAAAGCGAAAAGCACUGAGAAAAGUGUUUAGUUCUUUGUUUAGAUUACAUUUGGAGAACUCUUAAUAAUUAAUCUGCUACUUAAGCCUUUAAAUUGUAUAAAUAUAUCCCUAACAUAUCCUUAAAAAUAAAUUUUUAGCCA